ACUGGCCACGACCUCAGACUGUCACUGAGGUCAGAUCAUUCUUAGGAAUGUGCGGCUACUAUAGGAACUUCGUAAAGAACUAUUCUACAGUCGCCUCUCCUUUGACUGAUCUAACUCGACUUGACACCCCGUGGGACAAGAGUGAUGAGUGCGAAGGUGCUUUCAAGAGAUUGAAGCAUGCACUCAUGAAUCAUGAAGUUCUCAUGGUUCCCGUUCCGCAAAAGCCAUUCAUAGUGACCACUGACGCAAGCCAAUACGGCAUUGGCGCAGUGCUGGCUCAGCAGGAUGGGAAAAAGUUGAGACCGAUUGAGUACAUGAGUAAGAAGAUGCCAUCAAAGAAGUUGGCUAAGUCCACCUACGAAAGGGAACUUUAUGCUCUCUACAAGGCACUUGUCCUUUGGAGACACUUCCUUUUGGGAAGGUUCUUCUAUCUGAGGACUGAUCAUCAGACCCUCAAAUGGAUCAAGACUCAACCGGCUCUUUCUGAUGCACUCAAGCGAUGGAUUGAGGUCAUAGACCAAUAUGACUUCAAGCUUGAGUACCUAAAGGGAGAGUACAACAAGGUUGCAGACGCGCUAUYCCGUAGAGCAGACUACCUAGGUGCGCUAGUUUCUGAMUUUGGCGUAUCUAAUGAAGUAACUCAAUCAUUGGUGGGAGCCUAUCAGGAAGACCCUGUCACGAUGGACAUCAUCCGCAAGCUUCAGGCAAAAGACAAGGCCAUAGAAAGUGAGUUUGUGAUGGUGGAUGGGCUAAUCUAUCUUGAUAAGGCCGGAGUAAAGAGAUUGGUAGUUCCAUCUAGUGAACAGUUGCAUAGUUUAUUUUUAGGAGAAUGUCAUGAUGCAACUGGGCACUUUGGCUACAAGAAGACGAGUGCAAACUUAGUACAACGAUUUUGGUGGCCCAGAAUGUUAGAUGACGCAAAGAUGUAUGUUGAGACCUGUCAGGUCUGUCAGCGGGACAAGCCGCGAACUCAAGCACCGCUUGGGUUAUUAAAGCCUUUACCCAUUCCUGAUGGUCCAGGAUUGAGUGUUUCCAUGGAUUUCAUGAACACCCUAGUGACCAGCAAGAGUGGUAAGAGGCACAUUUUCGUCAUCAUUGACAGAUUCACCAAGUACGCUAGACUAAUACCAAUGUCAGAGACAGCCAGGACAGAAUAUGUCAUCAAGUUGUUCAAGGACAAUUGGGUAAGGGACUUUGGUUUACCAAAGACCACCAUUAGUGACCGAGACGUCCGCUUCACAAGUGAACUGUGGAAGAGGACUGCAGAACAGAUGGGCAGUCAACUUCAAAUGACUUCAGGGAAUCAUCCCGAAACCAACGGACAAGCCGAACAAAUGAACAGAGUGGUACAGCACUUGCUUCGGCAUUACAUCAAGCCCAACCAAGAUGAUUGGGAUGAGCAGUUGCCUCUCAUCGCCAGCUUGUACAACAAUGCUAUUCAUAGUAGUACCGGCGUUAGUCCUAACCAGUUGCACUUGGGAUGGAAGCCUAGAUCAGCACUAGACUUCCUCCUACAUGAAAACCAAACUGCUGCAACUCCAGGCACACUUGAAUACGGUGUGCAAUAUGAGAAGUUGCUGCGCGAGGCUGUUGAACAUAUGAAGAAAGCUCAGCAAGCCAUGAUUGCUUCUGAGAAUCAACAUCGCAGACAGUCCACAUUUCAGGUGGGGGAACGUGUCUGGGUCAAGGCUAGUGAGUUAGGACAGGAGUUCGGAAUAUCUCAUAACCUAAUGCCUCAAUACUUUGGUCCCUGGGAAGUCUUGGAUGUAGUGGGAGAUGAAAUGGAUGGUCCUACGUACGUCAUUMGUGUCCCUGGUCAUCUACGCACUCACCCAGUUUUUCAUGCCUCAAAGCUUGCACCUUUCGCUGAGACAGAUCAAUUUCUUUCCAGGAGAUCGAUGCUGCCCCCAACCAUGGAUGGUCAAGUUGACAUCGACGACAUUGUGGAUCACAGGGACAUGCUUGUUCUAAGGCCGCUGGGCCGAGGAAGACCUCCCAAGCCCAAGAGAGAGUACCGCGUCAGAUUCAGGCAUCAUACGAAUCCAAAAGAAGAUCGUUGGUUUACCAGGGAGGAACUGAUUGACACAGCUCCAAAGGUGGUGGCAGACUAUGAGAAGAAACUGAAAGGGAAGGCGCCUGCGAAGUAAGCAUCUCAGCGGACUUUCGAAGCUAAGGGGGAUGGAAUGUGAGGAUUGAGCCCUCAAGUAGGGGCCUUGCCAUGAUGUACAUGUUAUG